CCUGCAAGAAACGGCGUUAAUCAGCACCAUCCAUGGGUUAUCAGCAUUCUCGUUUUUUCAUUAUCUGGAUAUAAUCAAGCACCGAGCAGCAAAAUUGAUCGCGAAAAAAGAUGGAGAUGAACAACAGUCCAGUUUCCGUGACCUCGCCGAAGAAGAACUCCGUUCAUGGCGAUGAAACAACUUUUAAGCAGCCACUUGGAAAUGGCGGGACGUAUGGAGCAUUCCAGUCGAAAGAUCCUAUUCUGACAAUCGAGAAGAGCAACGAUGCUCUUAACAAGAGCGGAAGUAAUGAGCACGGUAUCACCGUACAUCAUCCGACCUCGUACCUGGAAACCAUGAUGCAUCUGUUCAAGGGUAACGUCGGCUCGGGAAUCUUUGCUUUGGGAGACGCUUUCAAGAACGCCGGAUUGUUGCUGGCACCUCCACUGACGAUCCUCCUCGGUGUCAUCUGUGUACAUGCUCAACAUAUUCUCAUUAAAUGCAACGAGGAGGUGACACGACGUGUUGGUGAUGGCACCAAUACAAGCGGAUUCGCUGGAACUGUGGAAAUGUGCUUUGCUACUGGACCCAUCAGAUUUCGUAAAUAUUCGAGUUUUAUGAGAAAAUUGGUUAAUAUAUUUUUGUGUAUCACGCAACUCGGAUUCUGCUGCGUAUAUUUUGUUUUUAUUUCCACAAACAUGAAGCAGGUAUUAGACGCACACGGGAUCGAGAUGGAUGUUCACGAGCACAUGGCUGUGGUACUGGUUCCUAUAAUGCUUAGUACCUGGAUUAGAAAUCUCAAGUAUUUGGUACCGCUAUCUUCGAUAGCAAAUUUCCUAAUGAUUGCUGGUUACAUCGCUACCAUGUACAUCAUGAGUUAUGAUGUACCGAACAUACGCGAAAGAAGAUACGUCGCGGAUUGGAACAAUCUACCUCUGUUCUUUGGCACUGUGAUAUAUUCCUUUGAGGGUAUUACUCUAGUACUGCCACUGAAGAAUGAAAUGAAGAAACCUAGAAAUUUCUACAAACCGCUGGGUGUUCUCAAUGUUGGUAUGGUGAUAGUUGGCACUAUGUUCGUUGCAAUGGGUUUUCUGUCUUACCUAAAGUAUGGUGAUGAUGUUGCUGGUUCUGUCACGCUUAAUCUUGCACCAAAGGAAAUGGUGAACGGGAAAAACAUCUACAAUCAAAUAAGCUUGCCGCAAUGUAUCAAGACCGCCAUUUCUUUGAGCAUAUUGCUUACUUAUGCGUUGCAGUUUUACGUCCCGAUCGCGAUAAUGUGGCCAGGAAUUGUCAAUAAAUUCGGUCCAUUUAAGUGGCCGGUAUUUACAGAGAUUAUUUUUCGCUCCGUUAUGUGUCUUGUUACAUUCAUCCUCGCAGAGGCAAUACCAAAACUGGGUCUCUUCAUAUCCUUGGUCGGCGCGGUUAGUAGCACCGCUCUCGCUCUAGUGUUUCCGCCGAUUAUUGAAAUGAUCGUUUGCUGGCACAACACCAAUCUCGGUUUCUUCACAAUCACGAAAGAUGUAACGAUAGUGUUGAUAGGCGUGCUGGGCUUUGCAACCGGAACAUACGAGAGCGUGACGGCGAUCAUCAAGUCGUUCAGCGAGUGAAUUAAGCGCACUCUAAGCGCUUUGUACAAAUUAUUCUUAAUUUCUCUCUUGCGAACGCGUGCGAGCGAGUUUAAUGGACCAUGACACCUACGGUAUUUCCGUGCGCGUUUUGUGAAACUCGCGCACCUCUCAAUUCUGCAUGCUCGUAGAUGUCAUCCGGGUUUUACGGGCCUGUCGACAUUAGCCAUUUUAAUGUACCGAUAACUUAUGUGUGAUAUAUCGAUAGAUAUAGUUGAUAAGAUGCAACAUAGGUUGUGGAUAUCAGUAAUUGUUAAUAAUCAUACGUAAUAACAUAAAUCCCUUGAGUUUUGCAUUGUUUGAGUAUCGAAUAAUGUAUCGAAGUAUAAUUCAACACAGUAAUUUGUAUGAUAAAAAAAAAUGUAAAUACAAGAGUAUUGACCCCUUCACAAUUUUACAUGUGCAGAGCUUGCAACAGUGAUGCAGAUAGAAUAAUACUCAAUAUUCUCGAAUAAUUCUCGAUUAGUACUCGUCAUUCUCAAAGAAGUUGAUUUAGCGAAUUGUGCUUGCUUUAAUCCUAUAGAAGUAAAACAUGGAUUGUUAACUAACGGGACUAGUUGAUCAUCUAACUGAAACAAUAAUUAUGUAUUAGAAAAAGAUACUUGACAAUUAUCGCAAAAACACUUUUACAUAAACAGAAAUCUUGUCUUAACAAAAUGUAUUAGUUCAAUAAAAUUAUAUUUGAUACCGCAUGUUACUGCAAGAUAAGCUGCACAUUUCGAACAUAGAAGAUUGUAUUAUGUUUUAUUUACUUACUAAAGAUGACAUUAUUUGUGACGAGGACAUAUUCUGUCUAAGUACCUUGAUUUGUAACUGUAAUUACAAUUGGAAUCCUAAUAACUUUUUUUUAUUGUAACGAUUAUUGUAACAGCGGCGUAAUUGUACAUUAUAUUUAUAUGCUUCAGAGUUAGUUUCACCAGCAUUGAUUAAAUAUUAAUACUUAAAAUCCAUAUCCUCUGCGUUCUAAAAAAAGAAGAAGAAAUAGAUUAAUUAAAUUAAUAUAGGUGAAAUUAACUCUCCGCGCGAUCAAUAUUUAUAAGAGACAAUAAUAAGUAAGAAUGUAAAUGAAUAGCCGAGCGAUAUUUAACUAUAUGUUAUAUUUUAUUAUAGUUUAAUAGAUUCGCUUUAUUGUUAAAUUUUUUAUAUUCGCAGCGGUGCUUAUGAUACGAAACAUAAUGAACAACAAACACAGCACCUGAAAAAUGAAUCAUCGACUAUGUACAAUUUCGAUAUCCUAUAUCAACUGAUAUAGUUAAGACUCAUCCAUGCUAUUCGGAGAUUCUACAAGAAUCCUUCAUAAAUAUCCAAAUCCCGUAAAUAUUAAUUAUACAUACAUUUAAUUUAUAAAUUAAUUGCGUCGACAAACACGUUAUCAAUCGCGUUCUUAAUUCAAUAUCGUAAAAUAUUUCUUACCAAAGAAAGAAUCUCUCAAUUGAGAUUUUUCAUUUCCACGUAAGUAGCGUACUUGUACAGUAUUAAUUAAAGUUAAAAAACGACGGAAAUACUCAUUAACGAUAAGACAUGAAUAUCGAUCGAGAAUGUAAGCGGUAUGACGUUAUCGCGCCUCGAAGUACAAAACUCACUCAGGGAAGCUUAUAUUAAAGUACGUAUAUGUCUUAUUUUCUUGAUAUAUUUAACAGCAGUGUGUAAGAUAUUUCUCUCAGAUGCUGAGGUUGAUGGAAGAGAAAGAGAUGUCAAUAAACAUGUGGCACA